GUAUGUUGGUGAACUGUUAACCCCUUACUGACUAAAAAGGCCUCUUACAGAUGAUGGGUUAGGCCUGCUAGCUGUUCCAGAGUCCAGAUUAAAAUCAAAAGAUAUGUCUGCUGCCAGCUGUCUGAGAUCUGAAGAUCAGUUUCUGUGCUCCAUCUGUCUGGAUGUGUUCACUGAUCCAGUCACCACACCAUGUGGACACAACUUCUGUAAAAACUGCAUCAAUGACCACUGGAACAGUGAUGUCCAGUACCUGUGUCCACUGUGUAACAAGGUUUUCAACACAAGACCUGAACUCCUCAUCAACACAUUGCUCUCUGAAGUUGUUUCUCGGUUCAGACAGGAAGCUCAACAGAAAGCCAGCAGCAGCAGCUCAGAGCAACAAGCUGCCAAACCAGGAGAAGUUCCCUGUGACGUCUGUACUGGAACCAAACUGAAGGCCCUGAAGUCCUGUCUGGUGUGUCUGACUUCCUACUGUGAGACUCACCUGGAGCCUCAUCUGACAGCUUCACGCCUGAAAAGACAUCAGCUGAUCAACCCUGUAGACAACCUGGAAGACAGGAUGUGUAUGAAGCACGAUAAACCUCUGGAGCUGUUCUGUAAGACCGACCAGACAUGUGUCUGCACGCUCUGCUCUGUUUUAGACCACAAGACACAUGAGUUUGUUCCUCUGAAAGAAGAAUAUGAAGGAAAGAAGGCAGAGCUGGGGAAGACAGAGGCUGAAAUUCAGGAGAUGAUCCAGAAGAGACGCCUGAAGAUUCAAGAGAUCAAACACUCAGUUGACCUCAGUGAGGAAGCUGCAGAUAGAGAGAAAGCAGAAGGUGUUCAGGUCUUCACCGCUCUGAAGGAGUCUGUUGAGAGAAGCCUGAAUGAGCUCAUUGAGAUGAUUGAAGAGAAGCAAAGAACAACAGAGAAACAGGCUGAAGACUUGAUCAAAGAGCUGGAACAGGAAAUCUCUGAGCUGAAGAAGAGAAGCUCUGAGGUGGAGAAGCUCUCACACUCUGAAGACCACCUACACCUCCUCCAAAACUUCCCGUCCCUGAAAGCUGCUCCACCCACCAAAGACUGGACAGAGGUCAGCAUUUGUCCAUCAUAUGAGAGGACUGUGGUGAGAGCUGUGGCUCAGCUGGAGGAGACGCUCAGUAAACAGAUGAAGAAGCUGAUUGAGGCUGAGCUGAAGAGGAUCCAGCAGUAUGCAGUGGAUGUGACUCUUGAUCCUGAUACAGCACAUCCUAAACUCAUCCUGUCUGAUGAUGUGAAACAAGUAAAUCAUGGUACUGUAAGGAAGAUUGUCCCAAACAACCCAGAGAGAUUUUUUCCUUGUGUUAGUGUUUUAGGAAAACAGAGUUUGCCUUCAGGCAGAUUUUACUUUGAGGUUCAGGUUAAAGGGAAGACUGACUGGGAUUUUGGAGUGGCCAGAGAGUCGAUCAACAGAAAGGGAACAAUUGAAGAGAGCCCUGAGGAUGGUUACUGGACUAUAUCGUUGAGAAAUGGAAAUGAGUAUAAAGCUCUUGAUGAUCCUCCAGUCCGUCUCUCUCUGGAGUCUUGUCCUCAGAAGGUGGGGGUGUUUGUGGAUUAUGAGGAGGGUCUGGUCUCCUUUUAUGACGUAGAUGCUGCAGCUCUUAUCUACUCCUUUACUGGCUGCUCCUUCACUGAGAAACUCUACCCAUAUCUCAGUCCUGGUCUUAAUAAUGGUGGUAAAAACUCUGCCCCUCUGAUCAUCUGUCCUGUCAAUCAAACUGAGUAGUUUCAUAAUUUGUUCAUUUGUCUGUUUUGAGACAAAAUUGUGAAUUGAUAUUUUAUUAAAGCCCAAAUUACGAACAUAUAUUCAAAUUAAACAUAAUAAUUGCCCUGAACCUUAUGUUAAUGCAAACUUAUCAAGAGACCAAAUGUCCUUAGUGGCAAAGCUGAGAACAGGAAUCCUUCCCCUGAACCUUGAAGUCGGUAGAUUUAAAAAUAUGUUGGAAGACGAAAGGGUAUAUGAACUAUGUGAACUCAAUGAAGUUGAAAGCGAAUCGCACUUUCUUUUAUACUGUCCCUUGUAUGAUGAACUGAGGAAUCCAUUAUUUACUUAAUUGUCUGUUAAAAACCCUGAAAUGUUUUGGGGCUGUGAUGAUAUCAAAAUGGACUGGUUGUUUAAUUGUAAUGUUUUUAAGUUGGCUAAAUAUGUAACCGAAGCCUGGAAAAAGCGUCAGGACGGUCUAUAUGUUUAGUUGCUAUAAU